AUGCCUUUGAUUGUAAUAUCUGGAUUUCCGGCCAGUGGCAAAACAAAACGUGCCUUAGAAUUGAAACAAUAUUUUGAAGGCAGAGGGAAACGUGUCCAUCACAUAAGUGAGAACAAGGCCAUACCAAAGGCAGGAUUCCAUAAGAAUGUGUAUUUUGCCGAUUCACAAAAGGAGAAGAUGGUCAGAAGUGAUUUGAAAUCUGAAGCACUAAGAUUGUUAGAUAAAGAAAGUGUGGUCAUAUUGGAUGCGGGAAAUUAUAUCAAAGGCUACCGCUAUGAGCUGUUCUGUGCGACCAAAGCCGCCCGAAGCACACAAUGUACCCUAUUCUGUGGCAUACAAAAUGACCGGGCAUGGGAAUUCAAUUGUAGCCGUAAUGGUGUUGAACCUGAGGACCUUAGUAAAGUGGAAGACGAAUCCCUGCUAGAUAAUUCUAACAUUGCCUAUAGUAAAGAGAUUUUUGAGGGAUUGUGUAUGAGAUUUGAAGAGCCUCAUGGUAAUUGUCGUUGGGAUAGUCCGCUGUUUGUAUCGUUUCCCGAUGAUGAAUUGGAAUUUGAAAAUAUUUACAGUGCUCUAUUCGAAUCGAAACCACUGCCACCUAAUCAAUCCACGCAAAAUCCCCCCUUAAGUUCAACAAAUUAUGUUUUUGAAUUGGAUCGCCUAACCCAGGAAAUUGUGGCCGAUGUUUUGGCAGCAAGAAAAAUUGGCAUUUUAGGGCCGGUGCCAAUAAAAAAUAGUCAAAUUAAAGUAGAAAUACCCGGUAAUAUGACUGCCAUUCAACUCAAUCGUGUACGGAGACAAUUUCUAAACUACAGCAAACAGCAUCAUGCCACUACCAGCACCCUUGACAAAGUUCCUCAAUUGUUUGUGCAAUUUUUAAAUUCCAAUUGUGGGAGCGGCUAGU